AGCCUGGUGCCCUCCAUGAACCACACCAGGGCCGAGUUCCCCAGCGCUGUCCUCACUCUGGGACCCCCCAAACCCUCCUCACCGAGCAGCCAGACCCCCUCCGGCCUGCUGCCCUCCAUGAGCCGCGCCAGGGCCGAAUUCUCCAGCACAGCAGCGUUGGGGCAGGAGCCGGGGAACUUUGCCACCACGUUGGUGAUGGCGCCGUGGCGGUCGCACACCACCUGCAUGUUGAUGGAGUGGAAGUUGGCGGCGUUGCGGAACAAGGGCUCGUUGUCGGCCGGAGCUCGUAGAGCCACGUGCAUGGCGCCCACCAARCCCAGCACCCCGGGCAGAGCCGGGGGGUCCCCGGGGGGCGCGGGCGGAGGGGGGAAGGCGAUGUAACGGGGAGCCCGCCGCUGCAGCGCCGCCAGGAACUGAGCCAGGCAGUUGGACAUGGCCGACUGGCUGAUGCCCGUGCUGAGGCGCGAUGCGGUCUGGAAAGAGCCCGAGGCCAAAAAGGCCAAGGCCGAGGUGACUUUGACGGCCACGGGCARAGCGUGGCUGCGGCCGGUCAGGCUCUGCAGGUCGGAGCCCAGCUCCCGGCACAGGGCAGCGAUGGCAGCCCGGUCCAGGCGGCAGCGSCGCAGCGCUUGCUCCUCGCUCAGCUCCAGGAAGGAGCAGCGGACGCGGCGGGUCGCGAUGGUGAAGCUGUUCAUCGGGAACCUGCCGCGCGAGGCGACGGAGCAGGAGAUCCGCUCCCUGUUCGAGCAGUACGGGAAGGUGCUGGAGUGCGACAUCAUCAAGAACUACGGCUUCGUGCACAUCGAGGACAAGACGGCGGCMGAGGACGCCAUCCGCAACCUGCACCACCACAAGCUGCACGGCGUCUGCAUCAACGUGGAGGCCAGCAAGAACAAGAGCAAGGCCUCCACCAAGCUGCACGUGGGCAACAUCAGCCCCGCGUGCACCAACCUGGAGCUGCGCGCCAAGUUCGAGGAGUAUGGCCCCGUCAUMGARUGYGACAUCGUCAAGGACUACGCCUUCGUGCACAUGGAGCGGGCYGAGGAUGCCGUAGAGGCCAUCMGAGGGCUGGACAACACCGAGUUCCAAGGCAAGCGGAUGCGCGUGCAGCUGUCCACCAGCCGGCUGCGGACGGCGCCCGGGAUGGGAGACAAGAGCGGCUGCUACCGCUGCGGGAAGGAGGGGCACUGGUCUAAGGAGUGCCCGGUCGAUCGCCCGGGGCAAGUGGCGGACUUUGCCGAGGCCUAUAACGAGCAGUACGGAGCCGUGCGCACUCCCUACACCGCGGGCUAUGGGGAGACCGUGUAUUACGAUGAGGCCUACGGCGGGAUGGCCGACUACUACAAGCGCUACCGCGUCCGCUCCUACGCCACGGCCUCGGCGUACGACGCCUACGCGGAGCAGACCAUGGCCCAGUACUCCCAGUACGCCCAGUACUCCCAAGUCCAGUCCUCGGCCCUGGCCGCCACCACGGCCAUGGCCGGCCGCAUCCCCACCACCUUAGACGCGUACGACCGAGCUCUGCUGCCCACCCCGGGCGCGGCGGCCGCCGUUGCCGCCGCCGCUGCCACCGCCGCGGCCGCCGCCGCGUCCUCCACGUAUUACACCCGGGACAGGAGCCCCCUGCGCCGCACGGCCGCCGCGGCCAGCACCGUCGGAGAGGCGUACACGUAUGACCGUGGGCAGCUGUCGCCCGUCUCCUCGGUGGCCCGGGCGUCGCUCUACGACAUGCAGCGCUUCGGGCGGGACCCGUACGYGGACCGGGCGCGCUACUCCGCCUUUUGAGCCGGAGGUGAGCGCGUUGGCGGCUCUCGGCGCCGCUGGGGGGCCCCGCUGCCGGUGGUCCCGGUUGUGCUGGUUGAGCCUGAGGCGGGUGAUGGGUCAUGGUGACACAACAGGCCCCAUGGGCGUUAAAGCCCUGUUGUGGUGAGAAGGUGCUGUGAUUAGCGGGGCAGCGCUGGUGUCUCUCUCCCGGCCGUAACUCAUGUUCCUGCUGGGCCAGGCUCUGUCUCAGCACAGUCCCCACAGGGUGGGGGGUUUCCACAGAGCCCCCGGCCCCGGGGCAGCUCGUGCCCACGUGGGCUGUGCCCGGUUCCCRGUGGGCCGGGGAUCCCGGUGGGCCGGAGCCCCGCUGCUGCUCCACGUCAGGACUCUGUUGCUGCCAGGAAGCCGCAGCUCCCCGGGGCACCGGGGCUCGGCACGGUUCCGGAUCGGCCCCGGGGGCACCUGCGCCAACUCCUCUUUUCUCUUACAGGUAAGAUUUGUGCGGCUGGACGUCGGGGUCCCGUCGCACGCCGACUCGGCGCCGCGYGUCUCGGGCAGCGCCGGGUGCCACCGCCGCCGCGUGCCGCUCCCGGGCCCGUUCCUUACAGACGCGCGGCUCGUCCUCAGCCCGGGCAGGAUUAGCUCAGCCCCUCCCCCAGCUUCCCCCGCCCCCCUGGGCAGGAUUUUGCUUUUCCAGGUAGUUUUGGGUCCCCGCCCCAGGCUCAGGUGUGAGCGCGCAGCUGCAGCCGUCCCCCAGCGCCAGCUUUGCUUUGCUUCGCCGCCCCCWCGCUCCCCCGGAGCUCUUCCCGAGUCGUCGUUUUGCCUUUUUUUCCUUUAUUUUUUUAAGAGGGUGGAUAAUCCAGUGGUAGGUUUUUAGCCCAACGCCGUAGCUGACCGGAGGCCGCCGCGCCAGCGGGGGUGGAAUCCCCCCCGCACAGUGAUUUAGAGUCCCCCAACCCCCCUUUCCGGUAAAAUAAACUCAAAAUUUUUAACAAACGGCGCUGGCUCUGCCCA